GUUGCUACUAUUGGGAAAAUGUCUCAUUUGCCAUUGGAUGCACGCGCCAUUUUGGACUAUUUAAAUGAAUUGGGUUACAGAAACAUAUCUGCCGAACAGCUCAAGGAAUUCAUGAAAGUUAAUCUGCACCUAAAGGUAUGCAAUCACAAUCGGAAAUUUACAAAAGCAAACUCAAAGAAAAAAUUAGGAACAAUCAACAACAGCAACAGCACUCCCAAAGGCGUGAACAACAUCGUCAACAUCAGCUACUACAAUCGACGACCAGUGCAACUACAACAGCAGAAGGAUCGGAAGCAGCCGUUGUCGGUCUCGGUAAAUCUCUGCCCUUACCGCAACGUCGCGCUACUGUCAAAGUAAUUAAAUGCAAAAAACCAUUGUGCCAUUUCAAAUUCUAUCUGGACAUUUGCGAUCAUCAGCUCACCAAACGAAUUGAAGAACAGAUUCGUACGCUGGGCGGAGUGCUGGAAUUCUUUCUAACAACAAGUGUUACACAUUUCAUAACCGAUAAGGCGAUAUUACCACCAAUUGUUGGUAACAACAGCAAUAACAAUAAUAAUUCGCUAAGCAGCCGUCCGGGUACACCACAAACACCAGGAACUCCAAAUACACCACAAACACCAUACGCAUUCGAUACACAGGAUGGUAAAAAUAAUGCUUGUAGUGGCAGUAAUACUCCAACCGGUUCGGCUAGAAAAGUCAACACCCGUCAAACACGUGCCAAUGCGAUUUUAAAUCGCGUACGUCGCGCGAGCACAACCGCCAGCGUUAUCAAUGUUAAUGCUGUCAGCGUUAGCGAACCGCCAAAUUCUCCAACACCAAUAAGUUUAAAAGACGUUGGUAAACAAUCGCCAAUUGGCUCAACACAAAGUCCUUAUAUUGUUUGGCAAACUGAAUACGCAUUGCACUUUUUCAAGAAGGUUCAGCACGAGUUGAAGGAUUACUUGGGUGUCCAUUCACGUCACGAUCAACAAAAGCUAUUGAGUAAAGGUAGGAAUACUGCCGAUCCCAUAGAUCUUAAAGGAGGUGGAUAUAUAAAAAUCGAAGCGGUUAAACGGAAUUAUCGACCUUAUUAUCAACUGUUUCGAAAAUCAUCUGGGACUGAGUGGCCGAAAAUUGAACUGACUCGUGAAGACGGUGCCUUUCGACUUUCACCAAAAAAGAAAAUCACACCAAGCGCAGAAGUCAUUGUGGAAGUUCAGGAAAGAGAAAAGGAGAAAGCAAAAGCUGGAGGUAACGAAGAUCAGAAAAUGACUCGCAAAUCACGCUCUCGUUCAUCACAGCAUCAAAGGCCGUUACAUUCUGCCGUGCAAUCGUUAAAAAAAGGCACUGGCGGUGCGGCAGAUUCCGCUGCAACGGUGAAAAGUAGUCAGCGCAAUUCACACGCUGGUGGCGCUGUUGGCGGUGUGGUGGCUGGUUGUAAACAAGUAAAAGAGUCCAGCGACAAGCAGUGUGGCGUCUGUGAGAUCUGUAAAAUCGAAUAUGACACACUUACCAUUCAUCUAAAGACUAAAGAUCACGAAUAUUUUGCCAAGAAUUCGCAGAACUUUAUUGCGUUGGACUCGCUCAUACACACGUCAGCGGACGUGAAUAAAUUUUUGAACGAGGAUAAGAAAGUUGAUUUAGAAGAGAUGGAAGUUGAAAAUAUUGAGGUAGUGGCUGAUGCAAAUGCACCUGAUCCACUUGAAGGAUCAGAACCCUUGUUGGCAAUACCGUUGUUGGAGCUUACAGAAGACAAGCAUCGAAUGUCAGGUGGCGUGCAACAGACACCUUCACCAACUCUACGUGAGAAAUCGAAGCGUAGCACCAAAGGUAAACAUUCGUCGGAGAAAUUUCAAAAUGUUCGCGCUUCAAAGUCUCUUAAGGCCACAUCAACAGCCGUUAAAUCACAAACAAGUCCGAUAAAACAGCAACUGGCGCUCAACACUGCCACAUCCAGCAUGUUGGAGCUUCAACGCAUUGAAACGUGUGCAACCGGUACUGUAAACGCGACAAGGCCUGCGUCGCUCACGACAGCGCCUGCGACAGCACCGACCCGCCGAAAACCAACAUCAACAGCAGCAGUUUCACCACCUAUACGCGCCAUGCUUCCGCCCUCGUCGUUGUACAAAGUAGUUGGCACGCCGGAAACAGUGUGCAUGCCAAUACGUAAAACACGGGGAGACUUACCCUCGACCGGAGAUCAAGCAGUGGCAGCAUCACCUUCGCUUAUUGUCAAAUUUAAAAAAGUACGUUCCACCGAACUGCACCGCUUAAAUGGAGAAGCUGAAAGUUUUAUGUUCCCUAAGCAGCGUACAUCUAGUGAGCUGCCCACCGAUAUGGAUCGUCAAACCACUUCCGAAAAUGCACGUUCCAGCUUUUCAUCAACAAGCAUAGAUAGCACAAGCGAUGGACCAAUGGAUGUAGAGUUAACCGUAACGACAGAGCUUGACGACAAAUCAAAGGAAGGAAAAAAGAUAGGAAAACGUGCAACUGCCACAGCAAAGCGUCGGAAAAGUCAAGCGACUGCUGCUACAAAGCAGCGCUUUCGAACCACCCCCAUCCAGCCAGAGUUACAACUGAAGGACAAGCAAGGAUCACGCAAGUGUGUGUCUGCAAAGUCGACAACAACAUCAACGAUGCCCGCAAUAAGCAAUGUCACAAACCCAGCAAAAUUUGUAAUGUCAGCAGCAGCAGCGAAAGCAAACGCCGCCGCAGCUGCACUUGCGGCUAUCACUUUGCCAGAGGCUACACGGAAAAGUAGCCGCACUGCCACUGCUAUUGUGACAGCGGCAACUACAAGUAGUCGGUUACUACGCGCGGCCGUGGAAGCAGCGAAGUAUAACUGUCGACAAAUGGCGGCGGCCAACGACUUAUUGGAAAGCGGGCGGCAAAAUUGUGAUGCCAAUUUAGAACCGACAAAGUCCUUGCCGACAGAGACAGCGACGGAGAUCUGUAAACAUGUACCAGUUGUAAAAGUGGAGGAUCGGAUGGGGGAUGUUGAAUAUUAUAAAAAAAGUAGGGUGAUAAAAAAAGAAGAAAGUAAAAAAAAUAAGGAAGAUGAAGCCGAUGAUACCACCGUUGGCGUUAAUAACGAAGAGCGUGAUGUUGAUAACCACAAAAGGUUGGAGUAUAGUUUCAGUAAAGAUAUCGGUGAUGAUAAUGAUGAUGAUGAAGAUGAUGACGACGAAGAGGUCGAUAAUGAUGACGAAAAGGAUGAAGACUAUGUACAUUGCAAAAAAAGUCGACGUAAAUCCUGUGCAUUUGAUAGUUUGCCAACCAUGUGGCAAAGUGGAUGCAGUGGUGCCAUCUCGAGGAGGCAACGGGCAGUACAACGCGAAGAACAAAAAUCUAAACUGGCGAUGCUAUCAAUUGGAGGAGGAGAUAAUUCAUCAACUAAAAAUACAGGCAAGAUAGAUACCGGAGGUAAGCGGAAAAAAUUUAAUGAAAUCCAAACAGACUCGAAGAAACUGAAUACUAAUGCAUCCAGCAAGAAUCAAAGUAUUGCCGGUUCAUCGCCAACAAUAUCAAUAUCGAAGCAAAGAUCCUUAGAAUCGUGUUUCGAUUACGGAACCAGCGAGCGCCUGAACCACAUGAGUUACUCGUUUGAACGCAUACCCGCAUCCGACCUUUGGUAUCGAGUUUUCACGCGCCAGGAUAACUGUUCGGAACGUUUUUUCGAAUAUUAUGGUUCAACGAAUUACCGUAAGCUGCCAUAUGAAUUGGGACCCAUACCAUUCGCACGCACUCUGGACACCGGUGCUUGUUGCAAGCUCUGUGAAGAACAGAAAACCUCCAAUUUUACAUCAAAGAAAGUAGUAAAAGAUUUUUUAACUUCGCGAAAUACAUGCAAAGUAAAAACGGAGCCAAUGGAGCAAUUAGAAGCAGAUGCCACCAAAUCGAGAGAUUCAAGCAGCGGCAAUUCGAAUGGGAUUGCGAGUGCUUUAAACUCGUUUUCUACGGAAGCUGCCAUUAAUAUGCAGUCGGAGUUAUCUACAAAGCAUUCCAGUUCUGCCUCUUCCUCAACACAAUACAAGCAUAAGCAUAAAAAGCUACAGAUUUUGCAACGUUAUCGCCAAGAGCAACAGGAAUUGCAGAAACGACAAACCGAACAGGUCUGUGCACAGCUGGGCGACAACUCUAACCAAUUGCAAUGUGAUAGUAAAGCCAGUACACCAGUUCAAGAGCGAAUGCUUGAUCGACAACGCGCCGGUUCAACACAUAGCACAACGAGCACUACGAGUUGUGCCAGCAGUACGGCCACUACCAAAACCAGCAAAAACAGAUACCUCAACAAGCAUCUGAACAAAGCUGCGGCCGCUUUUCUGAAUUUAGAGCUGCCGCCCCGAAAAUCACCACGAGAGCACGCUUCAACCCUUGCUUUGGUCAGCUGCAUUAUAAAGCAACGGCAAGAUUCGCAAAGUAAACCCAAUUCAGAGACCGAUGAGCCCUCCACUACGCCUACGCCAAUACCAGUUACUGAAACAACCGCGACAUCUUCAGGAGCGGCGAUAGCGCUCGCGAUAAAUUCAGCAACAACAACCACGACGCAAAAGCUGGCGACGGGGACGUUAGUGACAGAGCCAGGAGGAAGUGUAAAAGCGCCAACAAUUAGCAAUGAAUUGCCCGCAGUCUUGCGUUCUCCACGUCACACACGCUCAGCAGCUGUAACUCCAGUCGAAGAGUUACGUUUCACUACGGAAAUAUCUGAGAAUGUAAAACGCAUGCGUCGCGGUCAGAACAAAUAUGAUCAUUCUCCGCCGGUAACGUUGUCUCAGUCCUCAAAACCACGAAAAAGUACGCGGGGCGGCCGACAGCCAAAUAAAUCCCCACUGGGGAGACCACCGCGAGCCUAUUGUGGUUUGAAAAAGUUUCUGCACACAACUGGGCGCACAUCCAACAGAGGGAGCCAAACACCCAACACGCUAAUCACAGCAAAGCGUCAUAGACGAGUGAAGCAUGCCGGCGCCUAUGCAGUGACGUCGCAUACUGCCCGGAGACAUCACUCCUACAGUGGACUGCUCGCACAAGGUUCGGCUUUACCAUGUAUACGUAAGACUGGUUCAAAGAAGGGUGUGCUUGAAUUUGAGGUAGAUGCGACAGCAUUAAAAGCUCUUGACGCAGCAACAAAAUACACUAAUGUGCGGCAGCUGGAGUGGCAGAUUGAUAAAUAUCUUCAAUUCCAUGGUAGGGAAUACGAUUUAGAGGAAGAUCUACCACUAGGCAUUUGUGAAGGUCGGGAUAUUGUACCACUUGCGCCUAUAACUACGUCCACAGCAAAGAACAGCACAGCAACCACAUCGGCUUCAGCAUCUACUAGUAAAGCGUUGCGGCGCAACAAUUCAGCGAAUGCGAAUGAUAAACGGAAUUCAAGCCCAUCAGCAGUAUUUGCAGCGCCUUUCGACUCGAAUACACCGCCACCCACCGACUGUUUCUCCAGCGACUUUGAUCUAUGCGAUUUGUUUACGAAUGCGAUAGGCGGUGCAUCUGAUGACGAAAAGACGCCGGAAGUUGGCAGCAAGCGUAAAAGUAAAGGAUUCUCUCUAUACAGUACAUUAUCGAUGCAAAAUUAUUUCCGUAAGAGGAAGAAUCUUAAAACCAACCGGACGGGUUGGCCGAAAGUACAAAAGAAAAAGACUUCCGCGCGGCAACAACAAUUGCUGGCACAAAAAAUACGCUUUCUGCAAGACAUUGGUGAAUUGGCAAGUAACGGUAUUAAGAAAGAACCUUAUAUGGGAAGCAAUAAGGAAGAUGAAGGAAAGGAAGGAGAUGAUAAAACGGUUAAAUGCAGGGAGAUACAACGGCGGCGUGGGAACGGGGUUAUUACGCCACCAGAAAGUGAAGCAGAGGUAAAAUCGCAUGGUAAACGCGCAAUACAGAAUGAUGUCGAAGAGAACGAAGAAGAAGCUGGAGCGGACGACGACACAGAAUUGGAUGCGGCUGAGAGCAUAUUGGAAGAGGAGGAGGAAGAAGAAGAGGACGACGAGGAGGACGAAAUGGAAGACGAUGGCGAAACGAUGGCUGAUUCAAUUGAAGAAGACACGCAAACACGAGGUGAGCACGACGCUGAUGCUGCGGCAGAGGCCGAUGAAGAGGACGAAGAAGAUGCUGACUUAGAUGCAGAUGUGGCUGUGACGGCAGGCGAAGAUGAGGAUGACAUGGAUGAUGAUAGUAAUUUCGUACCUGCGCGCAAGCGCACGCGUCGUUGCACCAACGCAAGUCCACUUGAAGAAAAGCUCGUAACAUCGAAUUCGCUAACAGCGCAUAGCAGCACUACCAACAACACGGCAGCCACCUCUACGCCGUCAACGCAAAUACUACGUGGUGGCUUAAGGCGUACGCCACAAUUGCUCAACGGCAGUUUAGGCAGCUGCAUAAGUCCCAGCGAAAAGGCGGGCGAUAAUUCGGAUAUUUUCACAGUGUCAUCAGAUGGACUAGAUACUGAUUUGGAUAUGAGCAAUUCACAGCAUAAAUGUGACGAUGAACAUUUACACCAUCAUCACCACCAUCACCAUCAUCAUCACCAUCAAGACCAAUGUGCAAAUCAUCAAACGCCCAAACGCAAGUUCGAUUUGUCAAAAUAUGCGCCAAAUAAUGCCACAUCAAGCAGUUGCGCAGCUGAGGCUGCGACUGCCGCUGUCAAGUCUUUGGCGAUAUCGCAGUUUCUUAAAAAAGAAGUUCGGGUGACAUGUAGGCGGCUGCGUGCGCCGUUUCGCCGUUAUCGUUAUCGCAGAUAGAAUGAUCAAAGUGUUUUGACUACUUCAACUACUGACAUGCGUUGUCACUCAUGUUACAGCAUCGGCGAGCAGGAGGCAGCAAGAGAGGAGGAAUCAAUGCGUGCACAGACGCCAUAGCUGUUUGGAUAUACAUACAUAUAUAUUACAUUAAAACAGGCUUAUAAAAAUAUACGAAUUAAAUUACAAAAAAACGGAAAAACUCCCAGAAGGAGUACUAAAUAAAACUCUCAUACAGCUAGUUGUACUUCGUACUUGUAAAUUGUUAUGAACUUUUAUGUUUUAAAACGGAAUCUAAGAAAAAAAUAAAAUGAAAAGUAAAAAACCAACAGAUAAUGUGAAAAGGCUUAAAUGAAGAGAAGAUAAAGGAAACAAAUGUAAUUUAACUAAUUGUCUGACUAAAAGUACAUAAACAUAUAUACAUACAUACAUUUUGUAAUAAAAGCAAGAAAAAAACUAAACUUUAAACUAAGCCCCACAAACUUUCAGCUGCCCCAUGCACUAGCCUCAAGUUCCACUUUGUACAGUAUGAUGUAAUAAAGUUAGCGUUUAUUUUGUGUGUAAUUUUAUUAAUUAAUUAAUUGAAUUUUGUAAACCCUCAGCUUAUAUUAUUAUGACCGUCUAAUUUUUCGUAAAAACUAUCCGUUGAAGUAAAAAACGAUUUUGUUGAUUCUUAUAAUUUUAUUUUUUCUACGCAUAAACAUGUAAUGUGAAGUUUAGUGUUAAGUAGCAUAUUGUAAUUGUAUACCUUUAAUAAAUAAAAUAAAAAUGCGAAAUGCAUAUGUAUGUAUGUGUUGCUGCUGUAUCAAGCGAAGCAAACAUAAUUUUCAUAUGUUCUGUAAAACAAAAAAUCAAAUGAACUUAACUUUAAAUACAAGAAAAGGAAAAAAGAUAAAUCAUAAUGCUACAAUAAUAAGGCGAAAUGCAGUUUAAAAGAGGUCUUCUUUCACAUACCGACAACAUUUCUUCUAGAUAAUCCAUAUAAAGUGUUGAUUAUUAAAUUUCAUAAUCAUGCAACCUGUGUCAUUACUUCAUAAAUAUGUAUGUUGAUAUGUACAAGAACGGUGAAGGCAUUGAUAAACUGAUGAAACCAAACUAAUGCUAAAUGUUUAAGUUAACAAAAUAAAAAUGUCGAACGUUAUUUAAUUUAAAAAAUAUG